AUGGAUAGAGAUAUUUUGGUCAAGAUUUUCGAGAAGCUCAACGUAAUAGAUGUGACCAUGGGAGCAUCUCGUGUCUGCAUAUCUCUUGGUUCCUUGCCUCUCACGAAAAAUCUCUUUGGAAAACCAUCAACCUCGCAAAUCUCCAACGCGUGGACUUCAGCCAUCCUCGAUUACCAAACUCCCGGCAGCACUGUUCCGAUCAACUUAUUCUUCAACUAUGAUACCUACUUAACUGAUGAGGAUCUCAUCAUCGCUGCGCAAAGGAUGCCAAACAUAAGAAAGCUUGUCUUACCAAGAUGGUGCCAUUUAAGUGAGAACUCAUAUCAGUUUGCAUUCAGGCAGUGGGGGAAUCUACAAACCCUAAUCAUUGAUCAACGUCACUCAUCAUUAACCUGGAGACACAUGAUUCAAGCUAGCGGAGAGAACUGUAUAAACCUCACCAACUUCAAAAUUAUGGGUUGCAUUAACGAAGUUGUGGCUGAGGAAAUCGUUCGUUGCUUUCCAAACCUCAAGAAGCUGAGUUUGCGUUUUUGCGACAUCAUUGAUAUUUCUAACGUUUUGCCUCUCAUCACAAACCUCAAAAACCUAACGAUCCUUAACCUCGCACAUUGUAGAUUUCUACAUGAGGGAAGUGGCUAUUUAAUUUGUAGCCAUGAACUUGAAAACCUUCUUAACGAGAUUGCCAGAUAUAAGUGCGAGACAUCGAUCAGGUUGUGUUUAAAUGUCGAUUGCAAGUUCUGCGAAAAUACAUAUGGCAUUGCCAGAGUACAUGCUUUUUUCGAGAAGAAUUGGCGGAACGAUGAGAUAGAGGAAUUCGAUUUCUGA